UGUGUGUCUCUUUCUAUAAUUUGUUAAUUUUUACCAUCAGAUCCAUUUUCGGACAAAGAGCUGCGGGAGGCCGAAGAGACUAUACUCCAUCAUUUGAAUUACUGUACUAUGUAUAAACUAACUGAGAAACAUCUGGCCGUAAUGUUGAGGAACUUCUCGCAUUUGCCCGAUGUCAUUCUCACGCCAUUCAUGCUCAGCGCCAUUAUUUCGAUGACAAGUGUGAAUCGUGAUCCAGAAUCUGCGCGCAUCUCUCGAUCCAUUUUGCUGCCAUUCUUGCGAAAUGUCAUAAAGAAUAAUGAAGAAGAGAUAACUUUGGCAGACUACUCCGUUUGGUAUCGUGAUUCGUUACAGCGCAAACAAGUCGACUUGCAGCAGGUCUUAACGGUGCUCAUAGAUCAGAACAAAGAUGGAAAAGAUGUGAUAACACCAGGACUAGUCCACCUAGUAUUUUUUCUGCUUAAAUCGCACUCGCCCAAAAUGCAUACUCUAGCAAUUACUUUUUUAACAAAGUUCAUUCGCAAACGUUUCAUCUUUGGGCAAGGCAUCAUUAGACUCCUCUCUGAGUGGAUGAUUGUACAUCAAGAUCAAAACCAGUUUUUGGAAUGUUUAACACUAUUAAGUGUAGCUGGUACACCGUCUCAGAAUGCACUAAAUGACCUAUUUCGCUACUUGUUUUUUGUUUGACUUAUUUCGCUAAAACCUCUUUUUACGCAAAAUGCAAUAAAA